UAUUUUCCUUUCCAGUUGUGUAUUGUACUUCCCCUUCUGCAAAUCCUAAUUUCAUCCCUUCUCACUUGGGGAGAAAAAGGAAUUCUUGCUUUGAAAGUGAUUUUCUUGCCUUAAUUCUUGACCUGAAAAUACAAAAGACAAAUCCCUUUUUCUCCUCCCACAAAUCAUCGUAUGUAUGGAUAGUUUUGGAUCCACAUUUGCUGUAAAUCUGUAGAUAGAUUUUCACUCUGGAUUUUCAAGAAAAGGGCUAUGGCCAUUGCUGUUCCUCCAUCUUUUCUCAGUUGUUGCAGAAGUGGCGAUUCUUGUUUACUUGCUCUUCGCGGUGGUGUGUUUAGUUUCUGAUUUCAAAGGGUUCUUCGGAUCCUGUAUUGUUUCUCAAUGCUCCUUCCAUUUCUCUGCUUAAUUCUGUGCUUCCAAGGGGCAAUUUCUCAAACAAGUAGAGAGCUCUCCGCAAGAGAACUUGAUUCUCUGCUUCAAGACUAUGCUUUCAGGGCGUUUGUCAGGCCAAGAACCGGCGUUGUCUACGACGGACAAGUGCCCGCCAACUUGACGGGUAUUGGAGUGGCGGCCCUGCGGCUGAGGAGCGGCAGUCUGCGGCGGCGAGGGGUUCCCAGCUACAAAGAAUUUCAUAUCCCCGCCGGUGUGGUUGAGCAGCCCUACGUGGAGAGGCUUGUUUUGGUGUACCACAACUUGGGUAACUGGUCGUCCUUAUACUACCCCUUGCCUGGCUACACAUUUCUAGCACCAGUUCUAGGCCUGUUAGCGUACGAUGCCACUGAUUUAUUCGCCACGAAGUUAUCAGAGCUUGACGUCCGGGCCGCCGGCGACCCCAUUUCGAUUACGUUCCGGGAAUUGCAACGGCCGCCGGGUCGGAUCUCGCCGAUGUGCGCGUAUUUUGGUUUAGAUGGUUCUGUGGGAUUCGACAAUGUAGUUAACGGUAAUACCUGUUUGACAACUAACCAAGGUCACUUCUCAAUCGUGGUGGAGUCACUAGUCGCUCCGGCGCCCGCUCCCAGCGGCGGCGGCGAGUUGGGGGUGCCGCUGCCGAUGACGACGGUGGGGCAAACGAAGGCGCCGGUGGCGUUGGAAACGCGGACGCGGCCGUUGCUGGAGAACGAAUUCGUGCCGUAGCCUCCGCCGGUGAAAAUUUGUGGUAAAAACUGCAUUUUGCUUCGGAUUUGCGUCGCAAAAUUCCAUUCAAUUCGAUUCUUUCCAAUCUUGGUUUGUAUUGCUUGAUUGAAGUUGAUGAUAAUUUGUCUGGAAAUUUUUAUGGAUGGGAAAAAGGGUAACAUGGAAGCCAAGAUUCAGGUUCCCUGCUGCAAUUUUCAUUA